AAAAUACCUAUUAGAUCUUUCUUUGGGUCAUUAAUAAUAUGUCAAUUGUUUUCUUAGUUCUGGGUAACCCUUAAAUUCUUGGCUAAGAGCGAUAAGAUUAAAAACCAGUGAGGGAGGUAUAUAAAUAUUUGUAUUAGUUGGAUGUUGAACUUAAGGAAUACACUUCUUGAGCGACUGUCUUUAGACCUCUGUUCAAUGUGUCAACAUCUUUAUAUUAUAUAUCUUCUUCAACUAUCUUUGCGUAUUACUUAUUGCAUCAGACCAUUUUGCUUGUCAUUACAGAAAAAACAUUACUUCCCAUCUUUACUUGAUCAUUCCUACUAUCUAUGCAAGAUCUCUCCAAUUUGGUUUAACUAAAUAUGAAGAUGCCUUGUUGUGACCCUUUUAAGAAACUGAAGUGCUUAGUGGAAAGAAAAUGAAAAAAAAUCUAACCUCAUCUAUUGCUUAUGUGUACCAUUUAAGGCAUCAUCAGAUUAUUGCUAGCUAGAGAACAAGAAUAGGCGACUCACAGCCUAUUUUUUUUCAAGGGGUAGAAUGUAGAGCAAUGUGGUGGAGCCGGGGAGGAAACUGAGAUUAGUGGCUGUGUUUGAGGAAUUAUAAGUAAAUGGUUCAUGGGGCUGGUGAGUGUGGGAGACGUACUUCUCCUGAUAGUGAGGCUUUCAAGCUAGCUCCUUGCGCAAAUGCAGCGCAAGAUGAGAACGCUUCAGUUUCCAGCCGGUGCUGUGCUCAGGUGAAGAAGCUUGGCCAGAACCCGGCCUGCCUCUGUGCUGUCAUGCUUUCAAACACUGCUAAAAGUUCCGGGGUGAAACCAGAAGUGGCUGUAACCAUUCCCAAGCGAUGCAACAUUGAUAGCCGCCCUGUCGGUUACAAGUGUGGAGAUUACACAUUGCCUUGAAGACAUUGACUCCUUUUUCCUAUGCUUGUUAAGUGGUUAUUUGCAGUUUGGUAGUAAAAGAAAAGUGCUAAAAUUUAUGUGUUUUAGCCAGUUCUAGUUUUUACUUGGGUCAUCCAGAUGCCUAAUUACAAAUAAAUGGGCUGGUGUGUGGUUUAAUUGUGUUUACUUGAAUAAUAAAACUUGUGCUUUCUAGUUGUUGCUUACAA